UACAUUGCCAAUAGGUCGAUAAUGACAUGAUUGUGCCGUUUUAUCAUAUUAUUUAUUUGAUAUUUAUAGUCAUAUGUAGGUAUUUAUGUAAUAAAAUAGUUCAGUCCUAAUCUGGGCUUUGUUUAUUUCAUAUUUUUUUGGUUCUUUGCGAAAUGUACGGAAUGAUCAAAUUAUUGCUCAAAAAGGAGUGUGAUAUUGAAGAUACAGUAUUAAUAGAAAGCCCCUUUGAGGAAGAAACACGUUCGGGGGCUUAUUGUGAUACAGUGAUAUUAGCCAUAACUCCGAAUAAAUUUGUGAUAGCUGCUGAGAAAAACGCCGAACGCAAAAAGGAACGGUUUACAGAAGACGAUCCAAACAUAGAAAAUUUCUCAGUCGUCUCCGUUUAUCCUUUGACUUCCAUACAAAUAACUGUAUUUAAGCGCACACAUAGACAGACGUUGAAGGUGGUUUUCAAUGGAUUGAUUACUAGAUACUUUGAACUGGGAAAGUUUGACAGACGAAAAAUAUUUUGGCAGCUUUGGUGUUGUCAUGUUAAGGAGAUAAGAAGAAAUUCACCGAAAUGGCCCUACGAAAUGACCAAGUCUGCCAUAUUACGGGGCCAGAAUACUCUAAGAUGGACCGACAAAGAUUUAUAUCUGGGAUCAAAAAGGGAAAUUGAAGAUGAGAUUCGGCCAAUCCCAAUCCCAGGGAUAGGCCGCACAGAAGACAAACUAUUUUACUUGAAACCGCAAUAUUUUGGAUGCUGUGACCUUAGCGAGCAUUGCGCACAAUGUAAUGAAGAAAUACAAGCGACGCGUGACUACGAAAACCUUGCGUAUCCCGAUAAUCCAAAUACUAACAUAACAUACACCUCCUUAAUGACAACAGUUGGUAUAAUAGGCCAAUUUUAAAUGGUUCGCAAUCGUUUAAGAGAAAUAAAAGCUACUACUUUAGUGAUGACGAUAAUAUUUACCGCUAUUAAAUUAAAGUUUCGUCGUAACUAUGCGAACGCCUCCAAAAACG